CGGGUCCCUUCUUCUGCAAUAUGCCCGCAUCUCCCGAGCAAUCGUGUCUAAAACAUCACAUACAAUAUAUUAAUUGUUCCAGCACGUCAUUAGAGACGAUUUCUAUUAAUUAUCGGUUGGAUUGACCUAUCGCAUUCAGUUACGACAUACCAAUCCAUGAACUUAUGUUUGUAUCUCAUUCGUGACGUCACGCGCGGGUGGACAAAAUGGUUUGUGACACGUCGUCUUUGGCGCCGGUAAACGAUGACGCUAAAUAUUGGCUCCGUGUCCGUCUUUAAAGUUUGAGCAGCUGACUCCAGCAAUCAGUCGCGGGUCUCAGAUGGUAAAGGAAACAAUAAAUAUUCAUAAACUACCAUCUAGUUCCAGCAGCACGGAUAUUUCCGGCCAAUCUUAUCCUCGCUGGCUUCUAGCAUCUCGUUGUUGGAGUUAAUCCAGUAACAUAUAAAGUAUUUCCCUGGACCUUGGAGACACGUUUUAAAAAGUUCAUACCUAGAGGUUGUCACUUUUUGAGGAAAACAGUAAAACUUAAUCGGUAAAACUGGGGAACUGUAUCGAAGCCUAUAAGAUUGCCAUGCGCAAUUCGGCCAUUUGUGGUCCGGAUCUAGAUAAUCCGGAAGAGAAAAGGGAUAUGGGCAAAGCAGAGCAAUUUCGGCAAAAAAGGAGAUGUAAAAGCAUCCGGGCUCCAACGGAAGCAGAAAUCGCCAGUUUAGAGGAAAAUCUGAAACAGUUGGACGGGAUAUUUAGCCCUUCCGGAAUAGGGAAGACCACGUCCGUCGUGUUCACCUUACAGAACAGAGUGGGCAAUCUAGCGAACGCCCUCAAAAUCUUCCAAGACAAUCAUAUAAAUGUGGUUCAUAUAGAAUCGAGGAAAUCCCGAAGCAGCGACACAGAGGCGGAGAUCUACGUGGAACUGGAGACGGACAACAUCCGGUUACAGGAACUCAUCAAGCGUCUCAAAAAACAAGUGGCGGGAAUUUCCUACAAUGACAUUCCCGUCCCACCCUCCCCCGCCACCGCCGCGAGGGUCCCAGCCACGGCCGAAGCAUUGGCAAACGCACCUUGGUUCCCACAAAAGAUGGCCGACUUGGAUAAAGCUGCGAAUCGUGUUCUCAUGUACGGCUCCGAGCUGGACGCCGAUCACCCGGGCUUUAAGGACAAAGUGUACCGACAGAGAAGGACAAUUUUCGCUGAUAUCGCCAUGGCAUAUAAAAAUGGACAGCCGAUUCCCCGGGUAGACUACACACGGGAAGAGAUCAACACAUGGGGCGUGGUUUUUAGGGAGCUGAACAAGUUGUACCCUUCUCACGCUUGUCGGGAGUACCUGAGGAACUUACCUCUGCUCAUUGAUCACUGCGGAUACAGGGACGACAAUAUUCCACAGCUACAAGAUGUGUCAGACUUCCUGAAAGAGAGAACAGGUUUCCAGCUUCGUCCCGUAGCAGGCUACCUCUCAUCACGCGAUUUUUUGGCGGGAUUAGCUUUUCGAGUUUUCCAUUGCACCCAGUAUAUCCGCCACAGUUCCGAUCCUUUUUACACCCCAGAACCCGACUGUUGCCAUGAGUUACUGGGACACAUGCCCUUGUUGGCGGACCCAAGUUUUGCCCAGUUUUCGCAAGAGCUGGGUCUGGCUUCUCUCGGAGCGUCAGACGAAGAGGUCCAGAAGUUAGCAACAUGCUACUUUUUCACGGUAGAGUUUGGGCUGUGUAAGCAGGACGGACACCUCCGAGCUUACGGUGCGGGCUUGUUGUCCUCUAUAGGCGAACUCAGCCAUGCCUUGACAGACAAGGCAAGGAAAAUUCCCUUUGAGCCAACGCGCACGUGCAAACAGGAAUGCCUAAUUACCACCUUCCAGGACGUGUAUUUCUUUACCGAGUCCUUUGAAGAGGCGAAGGAGAGAAUGAGACAAUUUGCCUGCACUAUCAAGAGACCUUUUGCAGUCCGAUACAAUCCCUACACACAAACUGUUGACGUAUUAAACAACACGCGCUGUAUUGCGUACGCCGUCAGCGAUCUCCGUGGUGAUUUAUGCAUCGUCAGUGACGCACUGCGUCGUCUGCAACAGCUGGAGUUCCAGAAAGAGGACGAAGAGCGGGAGAUGGACCCGUCCACCCCGAGAUAACCCCUGUAACUCCUCUAGAUCUUGAUACCACUCACUGUAAACUUCUGCACCUCUGACGUAUCCGUGACGUCAAAAAUCAAAGAUAAUUCUGACACUACUUUUCAGUUUAUAGUGGAUGUUUUAUCAUGCAGCUUAAAGUAAUCAGUUAUCUUAUUUAAGCACCAACUCUACUUCUGGUCUCAUCAAAAUGUAGCUAAUGAAUGGGUUUGGACAUGUUUUCCAACUCUUGCAUGCUCGCAUAACUGCCUCUAAAACGGACAUAAGAUGAUCCGGGUGUAAUCUACCAUUUCUAGCGUUAGAAAUGCAGCAGUGUACAUGUAAUACCGUAUGACUGUCAUUUUUGUUGAAAAUGGAUAAAGAAUUGAGACGAUAUGUUGGAUUGGUCGGUAGAAGCAUCUUGCAAACUGUAAUGAUAAAAUCAUUGCUGGUGCAUCACCUGUUUCUCUUACACAAGGAUUACGGCAAUAGGACAACUUUGAGUGGGUUUUAUAUUAAUAUAAAUGAUUUGUAAACAUUUGGCUUCGUCUCGUGUAUUUGGUUGGUUACAUUUAUUAUUAAUUUUACGAGCAAUGUUUCUAUAUAUAAUUGUAACAAGAUUCUAGAAGUUGUAUGGUGCAGGCAAUUGUGUCUUUGGUUAUUUUCGUUUUAGAAGUUCACGUAAUAUUGCACGAUUUCACAUGAUUUCACAUGAAAAUGUUCAUUAAGGUUUACCAGAACAAUUUUUGUGUGCAGACGAUUCAAUGUAAAUACAUUAAAUCACAGAUUUUGUGAAAUAGGUAUCAAAUAAACUUGCAAGUUUCACUGAAAAGUUCACUCUAUUGGAGUUUCCCUUGAAACUAUCAUAUUAAAUUCAUGUGAAUGCUCUUUUCAGGCAAGUCUCGAGUCCGGCACAAUUAGUUAUGUAGUAUUGUGUGUUUCGUCGUGCGGAUAGGAAAGAAAUCAAGUCUGUUAAUCUUAUAUUUUAUUUAUUUGCAGUUUACCGAUGUAUAUUAUUCUGGUCAAUUGCAUUGCAGUGAAUUGAAUUAAAACAUUCGUUU